CAAGAAGUUCGAAAAUGAUACAAUUAUCUUAUUUUUUUUCUAUUUCUUUUUCUUUUUCCAGUUUAUUCAUCUAUGCAAAAGUGUUUCUAAUUUGAAAACAAAGACGAUUGCCAUCCACAGGCUGUUACAGCACUCAAUUUCUACCAUCACCCUUAAACAGCAAGAAGUAGCGAACAUUGGUUUGGACGACAGUCUUUUGAGAAAAAGCAAUUGUAAGAAAAGAAAUUAUUCUUUCUCCAAAAACUUACAAUUGGGAUUAUCCAUUUUGAAACAAAAGUAAAUAAACGUUGGUGACUUGAGACCACAUACGACGAUGAGUUCAUCUGAUGAGGGAUUGUUCCCUCGUGGACCCCUAUAUUUAGAAAAUUUAGUCACUCCUUUUUGCGAAAAACUUGGACUUUAUAAAUUACCCAGACAUUUCCAUGUAAUCCUUCUAAGUGCGUUGUUUUAUCAGGCUAUAAAUCUUCUUUCUCCAUGGAUUUCCAAUAAGUUGAGUCGCCAUUAUAAACACUUGUCCAAACGUACUAAACUAAACUGGGAUUCUCACGUUGUUAGCUCUGUACAAAGUGUGUUUCUCAUUUCGUUGGGCUAUCUUAUCCUGAAGGAAGUCAAUAACUUUGGUGACAAGCUCUUUGGGUAUUCUGUUUAUGCUGGUGAUAUUUACGCCUUGGCUGAUGGCUACUUUCUCUGGGAUUUGUAUGUUACUCUUCGUUAUGUUCAUAUCACUGGCAUAGGCUUUGUCGUUCAUGCAGUUGCAGCUUUGUUCGUUGUGACAUUCAGUUAUUCCCCUUACCUCAUGUACUAUGGACCAACUUAUUUGUCAUGGGAAUUAAGUACCCCCUUCUUAAACAUUCAUUACUUUCUAGACAAGACCAACAGGACGGGAUCCACUCUCCAGUUGGUCAACGGUAUUUUGCUCGUUCUUACCUUUAUUUGCGUUCGUAUUAUUUGGGGUUGGUACUCUGCUUAUAGCACUGCAAUGGAAAUAAUUAGCCGUGUUACUGAAAUUCCUCGUGGCUUAAGUUUGUUUUACUUAGCUGCUAACAUGUCUUUAAAUUGCUUAAAUCUUUUCUGGGUUUUCAAGAUGAUGGACGCUAUUCGCCGUCGUGCUCAAGGUGAAAAAGUAAGCCCUGUUCAAACUGCCAACUCUGAAUUUGCAAAGAAGAACAUUUAAAGUACUGGACGUACUUUUUUCGUGUGGGUGAGUAUACCUUUUCAGCUUUCAUUUAUUUCCUUCUUUUCAAGCGAACAUUAUAUUUUAUUUUCAUUGUCUCUAUAUGGAAAUUUUCAAAUUCUUUAUGUUGUUCGCUUGCAAUUCUGCAUAUAUAUAACUAAAAAUAAACGUACAACUAGAGUUUCUAAAUGAAAGACUUUGCUUGUUUUUUUAUAUUGUUAAAGACUUUGCAUUAUACUUAAUAAGCUAUCUUAUAUGAACACUGUUUUUUAUAUCCAGUCCUAUUUAGUUUCCUAUAACGGUACGCAUGUAUUAGAUAUAUUGUAAGAUUA